UGCCCUAAUCGCAUACGAGCGAGAACUGGUUCUCUUACCCUGUGAAACCACCCAUCAUCAUAUAUCAACCAUGUCUUCGCUCCUCCACCACCUCCAACUCCGAUCUUCAAUCGGCUGAUUCCUCCCCCUUCACAGCCUCCUCUUUCAUCUUCCUUCCGGUUCAACCAUGGAACCCAUGGACAUCGUUGGCAAAUCAAAGGAAGAUGCUUCGCUUCCCAAAGCAACAAUGACCAAAAUUAUUAAAGAGAUGUUACCUCCGGAUGUUCGCGUAGCGAGAGAUGCUCAAGAUCUAUUGAUCGAGUGUUGUGUAGAGUUUAUAAACCUCGUCUCAUCGGAGUCCAAUGAAGUCUGUAACAGAGAGGAUAAACGAACGAUUGCACCUGAGCACGUAUUAAAGGCUCUAGAGGUUCUUGGAUUCGGUGAUUACAUUGAAGAAGUUUAUGCAGCAUAUGAACAACACAAGCUGGAGACCAUGCAGGACUCUUUAAAAGGUGGUAAAUGGAGCAAUGUAGCUGAGAUGACUGAGGAAGAAGCAUUAGCAGAACAGCAAAGGAUGUUUGCAGAGGCGCGUGCUAGGAUGAAUGGUGGCGCCGUUCCUUCCAAGCAGCCAGAUGCUGACCAAAGUUUAGAUAGCUAACUUUAGGACCUUUUAUUAGUAUAUUGAUGCAUAGGCAAGCACCUAUGGCUCCAAUCAGUGAUUCUGAUUGUGUACAAAAAUCAUUCACUAGUUUGCUGGCCAAUAUGGAUGUGCCCUCCUUUUGUAUUCUGUCAAUCAAUCCAUAUUUGUAAGUCAAUGUAAUUAGUGAGAGUUCAUGAAAAAACCUCUUCAAUUUAGAAUUAUUACUUGUAAUUACUUUUUUGUAUCUACUAUACAUCAACAGCUUCUAGCUUGAUUCUACUGAGUACUGACAGUAGCCAGCUUUAUUAGAUUGUAACAAAUCAUUCAAUAUGUAGAAGCAAUUGUGUUUUUUUUUUU